AUGAGUUGUAGGGAAAUGAGGGAUAAAGUUGGGGAAAUUUUCAAUGUGAAGGUUAGUGUUGGACAAUGCAGGAAUGCAAAGAAGUUUGGACUUAAUGAGAUAGAAGGCAGUUUGAGCACACAUUAUGAAAAAUUAUGGAGUUAUGAAGCUGAGAUAUUAAGAGCUAAUCCAGGGUCAACAGUGAAAAUCGGGACGGAUACAAUGCCUGAUUCCACAGUUUAUUUUUCUAGGAUGUAUGUUUGUAUCAAAGGUGUAAAGGAUGGUUGGGUUGAAGGAUGUAAGAGGGUUAUAGGUGUAGAUGGUUGCUUUUUAAAAGUAGUUGCAGUUGAGAACAAAGAAACUAGGAAGUGGUUUCUAAACUUACUACUUAAGGACAUUAACAUGGGAAAUGGGGUAGGACUAACCUUACUUUCUGACCAACACAAGGGUCUUAUUGAGGCUGUUAAAGAAAGAGUACCAGAUGUUGAGCAUAGGCAAUGUGCUAGGCACAUCUAUGCUAAUUUCAAGAAAAAAUUUACGGGUGCUGAAUAUAGGAAGCUUUUUUGGAGGGCUGCAAAGGCCACAACUGUGCAAAGGUUUAAAGGAAAAAGCCGAUUAUAA